ACUAGAGUCUUUCAUUUUGAAGAACCUGCUGGAUAUGACUAGAAAAGUAAAGGAGAAAAAAACUCCAGGACUGAUGGAUGAGAGAACUGAAAAGUGGCCCUUGAUGUCACAGUGGGCACUGGGACUGCAUGUCCCCAGGGGCCUCAAACUCCAGAGCUCACCUUCCCUUGAAUACACAUCCAGUAUGGCCCAAGCCCACGCAUACUACAGGGAGUCCAGGCUGCCUGGAGUGCCCCCUCACUAGUAUUUAGGACACCCCAGGGAAGGUUGGCCUGUCCUCUAUUUCCAGAGGCAGGCCUUUAUCCUCUGUGACCACCUCUUCACCCAAGUACCCAGGGGACUUCAUCAAGCACAGCACACAUCAGACUGUAAGGUUUAACCAAACCUUAUAGAGGCUGUGGGAAUUACAAACAACUAAAUUCAGAAAAGGCAAGCAUUGGCCGGGCACGGUGGCUCACGCCUGUAAUCCCAGCACUUUGGGAGGCCAAGGUGGGUGGAUCACCUGAGGUCGGGAGUUUGAGACCAGCCUAACCAACAUGGAGAAACCCCGUCUCUACUAAAAAUACAAAAUUAGCUGGGUGUGGUGGUGUGUGCCUGUAAUCCCAGCUACUCGGGAGGCUGAGGCAGGAGAAUCGCUUGAACCCAGGAGGCGAAGGUUGCAGUGAGCCGAGAUCGCUCCAUUGCACUCCAGCCUGAGCAACAAGAGCGAAACUCAGUCUCAAAAAAAAAGAAAAAAGGCAAGCGAAGCCUCAGAAGAGGGCCCUCAGUGCCUACCCACUUCUUAGUCCCCUGCUGUCUUCUGCCACACUAUAGGGACCUGCUUUUCUUUCACAGAUUUGGGGUCCCCUCCUCCUGCCCUCAGCCCCAUUCCCUUGGCCCCAGAGACAGUAGGAGACCCUCUGCUCACCUGAGCCCGGGCCUGUCUCGCAUUUCCCAUGGAGAUGAGCAACAAGGGGAAACGUGGGUCUUCUUAAAGAACUUUCCUUUCCGCCCUCCACCACCUUGGCAAGGCAGCCAGAUGCAACUCCGAAGUCCAGCUCACUCAGGCCAGCUCUCUUCACAGACUGUCUUCCAGCAAGAGGCAAAGCAGAGAUGAGACCUGCACGUGCUCUUUGUGGCAGAGCUGGCCUUAUACGCACUCCUGGGUGAAUAAACAGGGAGACAUCUCCUAAGAACAAAUGCUUCUCAGAAACAGUAUAGUCUAAACUCAUACUGAAGGGAGAAUAAGCCAGCCACGGGCUGGAGAGACCCCCGCCUACAUUACUAAGUAACAGGAAAGGCUAAGAUUUGGAGCCUUCCUCCGGUUCAGAUCUAUCCUGGGAAUGAUGGAAGACGCUUGCCUGUUGACAAUUUUUUUUUAUUAAAAAUCCCACCCAGGAGGUCUCUCCUGAUAGGAAGGGACCAUCCUAUCCUCUAAGGCAAAUUCCAGCUUCUUCCCUGAAAUGUACAUCCGCUACUGAGCCUCAGAAUGCUAUUUGUUCCACCUACUUCCACAGUUUUAAGGUCUUCAGCAACAGGAGAAGACAGCAGGAAAACUUGAAGUGCAGUUGGCUCCCGCUGAGAUGUCACUAGCAGAAAAAGGGGACACAAGCAAAAGGCAAGAUUCUAAAGACAGAGGUGACACCUUCUGCUCCAAACAUUUGGAGGGUCACCUUUCCAGAAGUCAGACUCGAAGUCCUGAAUUCUGGCAUGAAUGAGUUCUCCUACGUGUAGGGGGUGGCCUGGAAAGAUCUUAAUUUGUAAGAUGACAGGUAAGGGGCCUUCAGUUGGAGAAUCUUGUCACCUGAUUCUCAAAGCCAAAAAUAUCUUACUGUCUGAAACAUGAGGUCUUGAGUAGUUCAACUUGACCCAUGCAGACAUAAUUUGAGAGACGCCAAGGAGGAUUAGGAAAAAAUGUAUCUGGUCUUACUCAACUCUGAACAUUGCAUGAGUCAAACGUUUUCCUAGCUCUCUGUUUGUGUGAUGGGUCCACUCUGAUGGAUUCUUGGCGAUGUAUCUUUCAUGACCAAAAUUCAAAAGAGGCCAUUCGAAGUGGCUCCCACAAAAACUGCUGCAGAGCCCCAGACAUUCAGAAGCCAAUAGUGAAGGGGCCAAAAGCCAUCCCUCAAUGUUCACUGACACUUUGCGAGGCUUGGGGCAAGUUGGUGAUGUCAAAACGUGUUUUUAGGGCGUGUUUGCCAACAUACAGGUCUUGGGCAGGAUUGCAGGCUUCUGCAGAUGGUACCAAAGUAAAGGGGGAGAUGGUAGCUGAAUAAUCUCUCAUCAUCCCUAAAGUGAAAAGUGAAAUGAGAGUGGAUUUUUCCUUCCAAAUCCACUUGGAGUGAGUCCCGAAAGACUCACUUUUGCGGCAAUCCCCACAAUGACAUCACUGGAGCGGAGGUUAUAUAAUUUAAAGCGACCACAUCUCCACAGCACUUCCCAGAAGAGAAAACUCCUCCAAAAGCAGCUCUCACUAUCAGAAAACCCAACUACAGUUGUGAACGCCUUCAUUUUCUGCCUGAGGUCUCAGUCCGUCGGCCCAGACUGAAGUGCAGUGGCACAAUCAUAGCUCGCUGCAGCCUCGACCUUCCAGGCUUAAACGAUUCUCCCACCUCAGCCUCUCGAGUUGCUGGGACCACAGGUCACUGUGCAUGGCAUCAUCCUGGCCCCCUCUAGAGCUCCAAUCCUCCAACCAGAGCCAGCUCUUCCCUCAAAAUGCUACGGCCUGUGACAAUGCUCCAGAAGCCUGGGACCUGCUGCACAGAGUGCUGCCGACAUUUAUCAUCUCCAUCUGUUUCUUCGGCCUCCUAGGGAACCUUUUUGUCCUGUUGGUCUUCCUCCUGCCCCGGCGGCAACUGAACGUGGCAGAAAUCUACCUGGCCAACCUGGCAGCCUCUGAUCUGGUGUUUGUCUUGGGCUUGCCCUUCUGGGCAGAGACUAUCUGGAACCAGUUUAACUGGCCUUUCGGAGCCCUCCUCUGCCGUGUCAUCAACGGGGUCAUCAAGGCCAAUUUGUUCAUCAGCAUCUUCCUGGUGGUGGCCAUCAGCCAGGACCGCUACCGCGUGCUGGUGCACCCUAUGGCCAGCCGGAGGCAGCAGCGGCGGAGGCAGGCCCGGGUCACCUGCGUGCUCAUCUGGGUUGUGGGGGGCCUCUUGAGCAUCCCCACAUUCCUGCUGCGAUCCAUCCAAGCCGUCCCAGAUCUGAACAUCACCGCCUGCAUCCUGCUCCUCCCCCAUGAGGCCUGGCACUUUGCAAGGAUUGUGGAGUUAAAUAUUCUGGGUUUCCUCCUACCACUGGCUGCGAUCGUCUUCUUCAACUACCACAUCCUGGCCUCCCUGCGAAGGCAGGAGGAGGUCAGCAGGACAAGGUGCGGGGGCCGCAAGGAUAGCAAGACCACAGCGCUGAUCCUCACGCUCGUGGUUGCCUUCCUGGUCUGCUGGGCCCCUUACCACUUCUUUGCCUUCCUGGAAUUCUUAUUCCAGGUGCAAGCAGUCCAAGGCUGCUUUUGGGAGGACUUCAUUGACCUGGGCCUGCAAUUGGCCAACUUCUUUGCCUUCACUAACAGCUCCCUGAAUCCAGUAAUUUAUGUCUUUGUGGGCCGGCUCUUCAGGACCAAGGUCUGGGAACUUUAUAAACAAUGCACCCCUAAAAGUCUUGCUCCAAUAUCUUCAUCCCAUAGGAAAGAAAUCUUCCAACUUUUCUGGCGGAAUUAAAACAGCAUUGAACCAAGAA